UAGGUGAGCACACUCUGACUACUGCAUGAGGGAGGUGGUGUGGCGCGUCACAUCCCUCACACACUCAACUCCACAUCCUCUCUUACUCCCAACAACACAUUCUCCACUCCAGUCACCUAAGCAACAAACAAAUAAUGGAGAGAAAUAUGAGCAAAUGAGGAGGUGAAUGAUUCAUGGUAGCCAUUGCCAACGAAGCACUGAUGGAGUGGAGGUGGGAGACGGAAGUGGUAUAGGCUGAAGACGGCUAGGCAGGCAGGAGCCAGAGGCGCCGGAGGACAAGGGCUGGCCACACCCUGGAGGACGACGAGGAGGACCCGCCUGCUGCAGGAGUGGCCGGGAUGGGUCGUGCAACAUGGCGUCUGGUGUGUGUGGUGGUGCUGGUCGCGGUGGUCUCCAUCAACGUCCUGGUCUUCCUCUCCUCCGCCGACAUCAACCCCAUGACACAAGACAUACUCUUGGACCCGAACGCUCCUGUGAUCCUUGUGGCAGACGACGGUGAGGAUAGACCAGAGGCGUUGCCACAGGCAGCACCGCCUGGAGCACGGCCAGGAGCACCGCCAAGAGCACGGCCAAGAACGCCCCGCCCCGCCCUUGUCAACAGCGUCCUCCUGAAGCCGGGCGCAGCGACGGACAAGUUCCUGGUGCACUCCUACGACCACGGGGGCGGUGGAGUGGCCUCUCAGGCACUCAAUCUGCUCCUCGACGACAUUUUCUUUCUCUACCAACCGCUCUACAAGUUGGCUGAGCAGGAACCCAUCCCCGCUGUGCACCGCCUCACUCGGGAUAAGGCGGAGCAAGGAGUGAAGUGGCUACAUCAGAUAUUCAACUGUUCGGUGGAACGGCAUCGUGAUCUUCUGCACGAGCCUUUCCUCUGGAAGUCCCAGUCAGUCCGCAACACCUACAUUAAGGAGUGUCAACACCGCCAGGUGGAGCUGGGGGAGUGUGUGGAGCGUGCCUGCCACAGCCGCACCCUACAUGCAGUUUAUACUCUUCGCCUUGGCAUGACACACAUACUCCAGCUUCUUAAAAGAUACACCCAGCAUCUCAAGGUAGUAUUGGUGUUGAGAGACCCAAGGGCAGUGCUCAGCGCUCGACGACGGGCAGCUCAACGCAUAAAUAUCAAUACACCUAUUGACUUCAAAGCACAGGCAUCUGUGUUGUGUGCGACCAUGGCUGCUGAUCUAGAUGUUGUCAACCACAUGCAUAAGCUCUACCCAGACUCUGUUAUGGUUUUGCAUUAUGAGCAUCUUGUACGUCAUUCACGUCAAGUCCUUGCUUACUUGUAUGACUUUCUGGGCCUCCAAGUCACCAGUGAUCGCCUUGAGCGCAUCAUCAAAAUACUCCGGCUAGAUCGCUCAGAAGAACUACUGUUACAAUUAUCAAAGAUGUGGCAACUUGACCUAACCCUACAGGAAAGUCGAGCAGUUGAUGAAGGUUGCACAAUUCACUACGACCAGCUGGGAUAUCUGCCUGUACCAGACACUAUCAACACCAAAAACAACAAUAUUAUCACGUGGGAUCAAGCUCGCAUGUGGGAAGAUAAACAAAGAAAUAUAUCAACAAUUCAAUAAGCAAGAGUUCUACUGAAAUCCUUACAGUCCAUGAACACAUGAAACUCCUGUAGGUUUGAUGAGAAAAUUUUCGAAGAUGGAAUUCUAGCUACCGUAGAUAAGACUGCUAGAAAAACAAAAAUUUUUAAUUUGCCAGAAUUAUAGGCUAU